GGUGUAUUAUGACUUUUAUGAGUCUGACAUUUGAAUUUGAUUGCACUUGUUACUUGUGUGUUAAUGUGUGUUGUGCAGCAAAAGGGUCCACACGUAAUUAGUCCAAAGAUAAGGGUAUUAAAGUAAUUUAUAUAUGUAGCUAAUUACAAGGUUUAAAUACCUAACCCAAUUCCUUGUUCAUCAUCUUCUAACAAACACCAAAAAAACAGAGAAAACAAACUUUAAACAAUGGCUGGAGAGGAGUUGUUGAAACUGUUCGAGCAAAACUGGUCAGAGAGGCCAAUCUUCAAGAAAGACAAAGAGAAUCUGAAUGGAAAAAGUAGAGAGAAGCGUGGAGAAAAAGAGAUUCUAGAGGAACGACGAGAAGAAGAAGCACUGAAGAAUUUUCCGGUGAGCUUUCUUGUAGAGAGGGCUAUGAGUGACGAGACGAUGAUGACGACGAGUUCCAAGACAAGUUUGUUUAGUUCUUCAUCAGAUGAUUUGUUCUUGUCUCCUAGAUCGGUCUUACCCGUUAAACCAACGCCGAUGAAGCUUCAGACGAUCCUCUCCGGAAAAGAAGUCAACGCGUUCACGAUUGCGGAAAGAGAGAGACUACUUUCAGAGAAGGAAGAGCAGAGGAAGAAGAAGAAGAAGAAGAGUAAUGUGAGAACAAGAAAGGGAAAGAGUAUGUCGGAUUUGGAGUACGAGGAGCUUAAAGGGUUUAUGGAUCUAGGUUUUGUCUUUUCCGAGGAUGACCAUAAAGACUCCGAUCUAGUUUCGAUUCUUCCUGGGUUACAGAGAUUGGUGAAGAAAGAUGAUGGAGUAACAAAAGAAGAAGAAGAAGAAGAAGAAGAAGACAAAAUCGGUGGAAACAGAGCAGCGAGACCGUAUUUGUCGGAAGCGUGGGAUCAUUGUGGAGGAAGAAAAGGAAAAAAACAAAUCACGCCGGAGAUUAAGUGGAGAGUUCCGGCGCCGGCGGCGGCUAGCGAAGUUGACUUAAAAGAUAAUCUAAGGCUUUGGGCUCAUGCUGUGGCCUCGACUAUUCGAAGUUAAUACAAAAGCUUGGAUUCUAAAAAUGCAUGCCAAACUUUUUCUGUAUCUAUACUUUUUGGUCAUUAUGGUUUUCAAAUUCAUGUGAAUUAAAAGAAAAAAUCUGUUCACAAGAAUUCGAUUUUUGUUUGGUGAGAGAGAUCUCUGAUACGACCAUUGACCCAGAACAAAAGUGUCCUUGUCGGAGAAGAGAAUCUAUAAUGAGGUUUUUGAGUGGUGGGCCAAUCAUAUCCAAUAAUGCUCAACACUUGUCAUAUGGUUUAUUGCCACGUCACUAUCACAUAAUUCUCACACAAUUGUUGUGCAUAAUCACGUUGAUAACGACUUAUUAGUGUAUUAUCUAUCAAGAAACUAGUGUUUUACUAUUUAUUUUGUCUAGGCAUAAUAAUUGAUGAAAUUACGUAAUAAUGAACUAAUUUUUUUGAACAUAAAUUAACUGUUUUGCAAAUGUUAUAUAAGAUCCACCCUCUCUCUCUCUCUCUUUGUAAUUUCAUCGUUGCGUUCUAUACUUUUCACAGACCAAUAUUCACUUAAUUAAUGUAGAAUAAUAUUUAAAAACCUUAUUAAU